GUGCGGCGGCAGAUCCGCUCCGCGCGGCAGAUGAUUGCCCUGGUCAUGGAUUCCUUCACAGAUACUGAUAUCUUCACGGACCUCUUGGAAGCUUGUAGCCAGCGGCAAGUCAAAGCAUAUAUCCUUCUGGAUCAGUCUUCAUUUUCCCACUUUCUGAAAAUGUGCAGGGAUCUAGGAGUUGAUCUGGAGCAGGAGAAGUUAAUGAGAGUUCGAAAUAUCACUGGGAACACAUACUACACAAGGUCAGGUGCCAAAAUUGUUGGAAAAGUCCGUGAAAAGUUCAUGCUAAUUGAUGGCAUUAGAGUGACAACAGGUUCCUAUAGUUUUACAUGGAUGGAUGGGAAGCUGAACAGCAGUAACAUUUUGAUCCUGUCGGGUCCUGCAGUUGCACACUUUGACCAGGAAUUUCGGACUCUUUAUGCACAUUCAAAGCCUGUCGACCUUAAAGAGUUCUCCAGCAGCGAGAAGAAUAAGGUGUUUGAUGAGCUGGUCAGGAUUACAGUGGCUUCUAGAGACUUAACCAGGGAAAACUUUCUGAGAAUGGAGUUUUUAUAUCUUAGAGCAUUUGUAGGAAAUCUAAAAAGGAAGCGAAACUGGAUGCAUGCCUCAAGGGAAGCAGUCUAUGUGUCAAGUAAUGCAAUGCAUGUUUCUCCACCACUGACUAAGAGGAAUGGCUCUCUAGUUAUGAGGCCACACUGGAUCAUAGAGAGAUGAAUUGCACGUUCACUCAGAGCAAGAUGCAAAACCUCAGAAGCCAUGUCCUGUGGUCCAUGUCCUGUACUGCCUUACAGUGUGUCUGUGCAAGCAGCUGGGAAGGCAACCUCAAGCUGAGAGAAAGAAAUACUGGAAUUGUGAGUUCAGUUGAACACCUCUGCCGUGUCAUUCAGCAGACACAAUUAUGGUAUUGUCUUACGUGCAGAAGUGCUCUUGAAAAACAAAACAAAACUCUUUAAUACCUGAGAAGCCAUUACUGAUUUCUGGUGUUCUGUCAGUUUCUCAUUUUUCAACCUAUUUCUGAUUAUUUUAACGUAACGGGUUGGUGACGUCUUAGUUCAGUAGCUCAAAUCUCAUUUUCUAUAUGUAGAUUCCUUAAAAAAUACAUUCCUUAAGAUUCUAAAGAUGGAUAGCAGGACUGCUGCAUGGCUCUGAAGUCAGUCAAAGCUUAGUCUUGUGUUCCACAAACAGUUCUAUGAUGCAGAACUGGAUGGGAGUAGCUGUAAGCUAGAAACUAGGUCAGUACCUGGUUUCUGGUACUGUUUACAUGAAGCUGAGCAGCUAGGCAGAACGAUUUAAUGUAUCAGAUUAACAUUUCUGCCAUGACUUAAUUUCAAAUAAUCUUUUCAAAUAAUCACUAAAAAAGUGGUAAUUCUUAUCACUUGGAUUGUGACCAUCACAAUAAACACAGUCUGAAUGCCUGCAGUCAAGGGGCUAUAUGGCUAACAACCUACUAAUAUUAGUAGCAAAGCCAAAAAAGACUUUUUUUUUCUGCAUUAUAUAUUUUAUGGUUGCUACCGCUGCCUGAUCUUAUAGGAAAAGCUGAGUAGAUCUGAAAUCUGCGAAGAUGCUUCUAAUUUAAAAAGCUUCCACCUGACAGGCAGCCUCAUGGUAGUGAGAAAUAGAGCCAUUUCUUGUAGAUGUUCUUAAGACUCUGCUGCAGCAGAAAUCUUAGCAAUAUGUGUGCUUGUGGAUUCUGGGCCUCCAAGGGGAAUCUGUAUACUUAGCUGGGGAAGUUCAUGUGGAUCUGUGCUAUCCGCCAGUGGGAGAAUAUCAAAGUGGACAUGUGGAUCUUACAGAAGUGGUAUUUCCUGCCAGUGCAUCGUGCCAACGUGUCCUUUUUCUUCUCUGCUUACAAACAUGCUAGUGUAAUAGUUUUGAUUCCUGAUUUGUAAAUGUUCAAUAGUUUAUAUAGUUUAAUAGCGUUAACUUUUAUCCUGAUGAAAGCAAAUUUAAAUAUGUAUUUUUAUUCUUAUUUUGGACAUUUUCCAUUAAUACCCUUUAAGAAGGCAGUUUUGUACCCUAUGCAAAAUGCUGUUUGUGUGACCGUACUCUCACAGUGAUGAUCCCCCGUGUGUCUGUUAUCACAAUUACAGGUUUUUAACUUCGUUGUUCAUCUCCUGAUGUUAACAGGACUCCAUUUCCGUAUCCCAGCAGCAGGAUUUUCUUCUCAGCAGCGCCUGAUACAGUGAUGGUGCUGCGAUAAGAGUAGAGCUUAUUUUUGAUAGGAUGGGUGUCGUUUAACAAGGACAUUGAAAUAAAUUUUUGUAGCGUGUCUAA